AUGCCGUUUGAUCAAGUUCAGCAGUGGAUGAAGAAGGACGGUGACAAGAAAUCGACACAGGAUCGACCAUCAUCUCCGGCUUACAAGGCUGAUCCACCAGUGUACACCACUGAACCACCAGCCCACAUGGCUGGACCGCCUGCCUUCAUGGCACGCAGACGUACUGCGACAUUCUUCACUCCAGACGGCCGAAGAAACUUCGUCGUGGAGCAUCUGCACCUGGACCCUCUGACAGCGGCAACAUAUGAGCAGGCCAUCCAUGAUGGCAGCCACAUGGUCGGCCGACUAGGCCACGGUGACCUGCGUGAGACACGCCUAUAUGAGCUUAACUACUGGGUAGCCAAAGAGCGCGGUGAGAACCCCAGCAGUGUGAAGAGGGAUGGUGGUAUUCUUGUCAUGGUCCCUCAGGGAUAUUUGACGUACUUGGAAGAGCUUACCAAGGCUAGAAGACGAGGCGAGAUUGAGCGGGAGAUCGUUGUGCUCCAGGAGAAAGCGCAACAAAAAUUCCAUCGAGGACUAAAUGGAAUUAUGCGGUCUGGUUACAAGCACGAGAUUAACCGACUAGAGAAAGAGCUGGUUGAGAUUCAGGCUAUUGGAGGGCGUCGCGGUCUAAACAGCUGGUGA